CAGCUCUCGCGUAUAGUCCGCGAGGAACCGGCUGCAAAGACUCUGAAGACCGAAGCAAAGAGCACCUACGUUAUUCUGCAACGAGCCUACCGCAAAGGACUGCUCCUGGAGAGAAACUUCGACAGCCUUUUCGAACGCUUGAUGCGUAUAGAGGCCUACAACGACAGUAGGUAUGCCCAUCGUGCCUCGCGGUGA